GGGAGAAGGCACCAUUCCUUCAGCUGUGGACCACUCUGCCUCUGAGGGCUGCGUUCUAACCGGAUCCACUGCGAGCAUCAGAAUCGAGAUGAACAUCGAGGUUGGGAACGUUUCUUACACGGGAGCCAUCAUUUCCUGGUCGUCCUCGGAGCCCUGCCUGGAGGACUAUUACCAUAUUAUGUACAGGCCCAAUUGGAACAGCAUCUUCUCUGGCUAUCUUCGCUACAGCUUCCACCACGAGGAGAAGGUGCCUCGAACAAUCAGCUCUGUGGUGCUGGAACACCUCACCCCUUCCACUCUCUACUUCCUGUGCAUCAGCUGCAAGAAGAUUCUCUUCCCUUACAGACACUACUGCACCAUGUUCCACACCCUGGAUAAGAGUCCGCUGGCUGCUGGAAGCUCCCUGGUGGACCCCCAAAUCUCCCUUUGGGUGCUGAUGGCCAUCCUGCUGGCCUGCUUCACGGCCGUCUUAGCCUUCAUCUGCCUCCAGUUCUGGUGCAUCCGCUGCCACGAGCCUCGAUGGUCUUACAGAGCCGGCCACAUGGAGGAAGCCAACGGGCUGGUGAGAUGGCCAGAGGAAGCCCCCGCUCUGGGUCAGGGGGAGGAAGACCUGCAGGGGCUCCCCCUGGUGGAACUGCCGCGCAAGAACUCCGGAGCCGAGGCAGAACCCGAAGCCGCAGCCGCCGCCGCCCCCGAAGCCGACCAGGAUGCCCCCGACCUGGAUGCCUUGCAAAGAGAGAAGGGUGACCAUCCCGUGGUAGUGCCUCAUUUCGGGGAGUGAGAGGUCGGGAGGAGGCAGCCCGCGUUACGUAGCUUAAAGCCCUCCAGGCAGUAGGUCUUCUGUAAAAAAAGCACCUGUAGACUCCCCAUGUGUCUCCCCUCAAACGUCAGUGCCCUUGCAGUCAUCUGGUUGGACAAAUGCCCUUUGACAGAGCUUCUCGAGCACACACCGCCCGGGUGUGCCAAGAGAGGAACACGGUAUCUCUGAGGAGUGCCCAUUUUGGGGGAGGGGGCUCAGUGAGGAAUUAAAGGCAUUAUUUAAACAUUAAAACAACCAUAAACCCAUUAUGGCGUAGAAAGUAGAAGCUGCAUGACUUAAAGAAAAGCCAACACU